AUGGAGACACAGGACGGAGCAGAGCUCUGCUUUCCACAACUCUUCAACACCUCCUGCAGGAAGCUGACACCUCCUUGGUUUGAAGUGAUGCUCAUUCACAUUUUGCUCUACUCCAUCUCUCUGCUCACUGUAGCUCUCAACCUGCUCGUCAUCAUCUCAGUCUCCCACUUCAGGCAGCUCCACACACCCACCAACAUCCUCCUCCUCUCUCUGGCUGUCUCAGACCUUCUAGUGGGCCUCGUUGUGAUGCCGGGAGAAAUCCUCCGAAAAACAUCCUGCUGGUUUCUGGGUGACCUUGUGUGUACUCUGUAUAAUUAUCUUUCAAGCAUCAUUACCACAUCCUCAAUAGGUGACAUAGUGCUCAUAUCAGUUGAACGGUACAUAGCUAUUUGUGACCCUCUGCAUUACAACAACAGAAUCACUGUCAACAGAGUUAAAUUAUGUGUUUGUCUGUGUUGGCUCUAUUCUGUUUCCUACAGCUUUCUCUUUGUAAAGGAUGACCUGACCCAAAUGGGGAGUUACUGUCAUCAGCUGAAAGCAGCCAGGAAUCUUGGUGUUCUUGUAGUUGUGUUUCUACUAUGUUUCUGCCCAUAUUACUCUGCAUCCUAUGUUCUCUUUGUGUUCUAUUGUAACUCUUGUCUAAAUCCUGUGAUAUAUGCUUUUUUUUACCCCUGGUUUAGAAAAUCAGUUAAACUCAUUGUA